GCCGAACCCUAGCCCUAGGAACCCCGAACCGUAGCCCUCCAUCGUCGCCGCCGUUCAGAGGUCGUCAGCGCCGCCGCUGUCCCAAGUCCUCAGGAACCCAGUAAGUCAGCAGGUCUCUUCGUCUUCGCUGGCUUUUCGAACCAGCAAUGGCAUGGAGAGGACAUCUUUCAAAGAACAUAAGGGAGCUUAGGUUUUUGAUGUGCCAGUCGUCACCUGCAAGCUCACCUGCAAGGAUAUUUGUGGAAAAGAACUAUAAGGAACUCAAGACUUUGAACCCGAAAUUGCCAAUACUGAUCCGUGAAUGCAGUGGAGCGGAACCCCAACUAUGGGCAAGAUAUGAUUUUGGUGUUGAGAAAGGAAUCAAACUGGAAGGCUUGUCGGAGGCACAUAUCUCCAAGGCACUUGAAGAUUUGGUGAAAGCUGGAGAGUCCUUGAAAGCCUGAUAUUGCACCUUUUCAGCCAUCUGAAAUUGAGUAAUGCUCUCAUGCUGCACUUCUAAUUGAAGAUUGCAUUUGUUUUUUAAUAAGCUAGAUGUAUU